AGAAAACAAAGCGUGAAGUCGUGUAUCGUUGGUCAAAUGUUUAUGUCUACGGGUAUUUUCGAACGAUUUGCUGCAAGCGUUUUCUGAUCAAGAGUAUUUUUCCGUGCUAUCUCAGAGCUCCUAGUUCAUGCAAUCUGCAAGAGACUGAUCAUGCUGCGAGAAAGGCAUUUUCAUAUUUGGAAGAGAUUGAUAAGCGUUUCGAAACAUAUCUCCGGAGAGCAAGGACCGAUUUCUACAUCGGAUACACGUCUUUCGAGAUCGUAUUCAGGAACCACUGCUUCAUCGAGUAAAACAAGUUAUGAACACGUACAAACUUACCAAGGAAAUUGUGCUUAUCAAGGUGACACGGGAAGGCUGAAAUCGUGCAAAAGAGGAUCAUCCCAGCCAUCUACUGUUUAUCAACAACACCCAAAGCGUUUAUUGUUUACAUCAGCGUCUAACCUUGCAGUCACUCACACUGCCCCAACCAAUAAAACAACGGUAGAUUUACAAAGUAAAACAAAGAGGAAGCCUUCAUCGCAAAACCCAAACAUUGCUCCACGUGCUACCACAAAUCAAAAGGUACGGCACUUGUUUGACUGGGAUCGCCUUUGCACUGUUACGUAAUACCAAAAUACACGUGCGUUUGAUUCACUGUUGGCCAUUAGAUCUAUAAAUUGUAGUUUUGACUUCUACGCAGGCUGUCAAAACUCCUGCCGUGGUCACCAGAAAAAUUCCUCCUCAUAACAGUGACAUUUAUUGUUAUUUUAAGGCCUACGUCAACCAUUUACUAAAUAUCAUUUAAUAAUUAUGAGUAAAAUAAUAGUUAUAAUUAAUGAUAAUGAUAGGACUGAGAAGAGUCCAGUUUGGUCUGGAAUCAUGCGAGUGACGAACAAAAUCACAUGAAUGUGACUGAGAAGAGUCAGUUUUUGUCUGGAAUCAUGCUAAAAAAUUACAUGAACGUUAAAUUGUUACAAGUUUGAUUAUAGAUAUAAUUGAAGGUUAUAUUGGUAGUGCUGCUACCAAUUAAUCAAAACCAUGACAAAAUUUCAGAGACAAAGCAGCCAUCAUAGCAAAAGAUCACUCGCAUAUUCAAAGUAGCUAUUGGUUAUUGGUUAUACUUUUUCCUAAAGAACAAAAUUUAACUUGGUGAAAUGUGGGACAGUGGCACAUACACAUGACACAUACCCUGUCUUAUUACAAUAGUGAGGUGUACACUGUCCUAUUAGUGCUAUAAUCAAAACUAUAGCAAAAUUCUUGAACCUGUUUGGUUAUCAUCAACCCAAUUUAAAUGCUAAUAGGAUAGUGUGUGUGUUAUGCUUGUGAUUGGACAGUGUAGGCAUCAUGACUAUGUAAUUAAACAUUACACAUCAUAUGUACAGGCUAUUUUGGCAUAUUUCACAUGAUGGCUAGUUUGUUUCUAAAAUUUUUCAUGGGUUUGAUUAAUUUGCUACAGGACUUCAUGUUGUACAAUUCUCUCUGUAGUUGUACUUAUCAUGAAAAAAAUUGGACCCCACCUUAGAAGUUGUUUAAUUUUGUCAAGCACAUGUAUGAUGACAGACCAAAUUGGACUUCAAUCAGUCCUAUUAUCAUUACAAAUAACAGCCAAUCAUGUUCAAUCAUUUUGUUAUAGUUUUGGGUGUAAUCAUAUUUAUAAUGAUGAUGAUGAUGAUGAUGAUGAUGAUGACUAUGUUCGUAAUAAUCAUCAUUAUCAUAGUGACUAUAGUUCAAAUGAGCUUAAUGAUAGCAACAUGAAAAUAUUUGAGUAUAUUUUAUGUAAAAAUAUCCAUACCACUGUUUUUGGUUUCAGCACCCAGACAUAACUCUCUAAACUUUCUAGCUUGGAUUAAUGCUUUCUAACCCUUUUUGAAUUUCAAAUGAACCUCUUUGGGCCAGGGUAUGGCCACAUACUAGAGUUAGGCAAUGGAUGAUAACUACAUCUUACCUUUGAUACAAAUUAUUUUCCAUCAGCUGAGUGGAAGAUCAAAGGAAAAGGCUGUCCCCUCUUCCAGAGUAGGGCGUUUAAUGAACUACAGUGGUAGGUACAUCUUUGACUUAUAGAACUUGUCAGCCUCAUUUUAGAUAGUACACAAUAAAAUAAAUAAAGAUUUGAACAAAACUGAUCAAUUUACAAUUUAUAAGAGAGUUGAACCUUUAAUUUGGGAUACUGCCUUAAGAGGCAUAGGUCAUACCUCUGCCCAUUUGGCAAGGAGUGCUAUCUUUGAUCCAGGCUUAAAGUUGUGCAUAUAACUUACAUGUAUUUAUUGAUUAUGUUCUUUGAAGGGAAACCCCUAUUUAGGGGACACUUUUCUUGGUCCCAAGGAUGUCCCCCUAUAUGGGCAUUCCUCCCAAUCAAUUACAAAAAGAGGUUCCUCUGUCUCUAUAAGUGUAAAUUGCAAUCAUGUCAUCAGCAUUGUCUCUCAGACAACUGGUUUCUUUAAUAGGGCUAUACUUUGACAGUCAGAAUUGAUGCAGUGCAAGUCAUACUUCUCUGAUUUGUGUUAUUUAAUUUCUAUGAUAUGCAAAUUGCAUUGGUUACUCUCUUCAUGGAUCUCUCUAUGAUCUAUAGGUCUUGUUGCCGGAUUAGGUCUUGGUACUCUCGCAGAGGUAGCGAAAAGACAGCUUGGUCUUGGCAAAACAGGUACUUAAGAAUCUUGUGAACCCUUAUACUCUCAAAUGUGACCACAAAGAAAUUUCUCCUCACAAUAUCAAGACAACAUCAAGCAGGAAAGUGAUGAGAAUAUAGAAAAAUGUUCAUUAGGAGAUUUUUAGUUGAUCCACUACCAAAUUCUCCAAUCAAACAGCACAAGAAUUGUGUGGCAGACAAAAAGGAGAAUUACUAAUUAAUGAGGUCUCAGGAGUGAAAGGGUUAACCAGUUUUUCAGAGUUUUGCUUUAUCAUGCAACGAAUGACCUUGUCUGGGAAAUUAAAUAUUAAUAUAACUUAUUUAAUGUAGUAGAUCAUAUUUAUAUUUGGGGAUGAUAUCAAGGAACAUAAUUAUCCUAGCUCGCAGUUGAACUGCAAGUAGAGAAAUGCACAAAAAAUUAUCAACAAUCUUUAAAAUUAGAUUGACCAUUGCAGGUGCUCAUUUCUUUUAUUCUUUUUACUCUACUUAUGAAUUACAUUACAGGAUCUAGUAAAACAGACCUUACUGGAAGCGCUUUUCUGUCAGAAGCAAAUGCAGAAAGGAUUGUGACUACACUGUGUAAAAUGAGGGGAGCCGCUUUAAAGUUAGGUCAGAUGCUGAGCAUUCAAGGUAAAUCAGUCACUCAGUAACUAUUAAAACAGUUACAUUUAUCAGCAAUUCCUUGUGUGGAAAAAUGUUUAUCAGCAGUUGAAUUUCAGAGAUUGUAAGCAAGGGUUAUUACAACGAGAAUGAGAAAAAAAGACUCUUCGAAUAAAACAUUGUGAUUGUAAACCGAGUUGAAAAUGACUUUUCUCCUUUUCAGACAACUCAUUUAUUUCACCUGAGCUACAGAGAGUAUUUGACAGGGUGCGUGACAGUGCAGACUUCAUGCCACGUUGGCAACUGGAGGUAAGCUAAAAGUUAAAUGCAGAAUAUAUUGCUAUGAAUGAUGUCCUACAUGUAUAUUGUAGCAUUUAAGGGCUCAGUGAAUGCACAUGAUUGUACAUUUAGCUAACUGGGUUACAACCAAGUGUUACACUGUUUCUAUAUUGUGUUUUAGCGGAAGACAAUUUUUUUCUUCCCACAGAAAGUGCUUGUGAAGGAGCUGGGAGCCAAUUGGCGUGACAAGCUCUCAGAGUUUGAUAUGACACCAUUUGCUGCAGCAUCCAUUGGCCAGGUCCACAGAGGGGUGUUAAAUGAUGGGAGGUCUGUGGCCAUUAAGAUUCAGGUAUUCAAGUCACUUAAUUUUUCAUCUUGAAUCACUGGAUGGUUGAACCUUGUAAAUCUCUUUGCCUUCAGAUUCACAUAUGCAUGCUAAUAGCGUCAAAAUAAAAAUAUUUAGGAUUGAUAACCAGCUCCUGUUUUGAAGAGGAAGGAAGGUUGUACUCAAGAGAGUAGUGAAAAUUAGGCCUAGAGUAUGUAAUGAUCAUGAAAAAGUACCCUGUGUGUUGAAUUCAGCAGAACUAAGAGAAGAGGAGAACUAUUUGCACCUAAAUCCAGCGCAGAAGAUUUCUAUCUGCUCUCGAGAAAUGGAGAGAAUUUGACUGUCAUUAAGCUGCCAGGACUUGUUAUUUUUAAUGUUUAAUUUUGAUUGUGAUUUAUUACUUACCAGUAUCCUGGUGUUGGUGAGAGCAUUGACAGUGAUAUUAACAAUUUGAUGACUGUAUUGAAAGUUGGUAAUCUUUUACCAGAAGGUGAGUCACAUCAUUCAGUGACAAAGUCUAUGAUUCAUAUUACUGAGAGAUGUAGUAUUUGGAGGAUCACUUUCAGCAAAACCCUUUAAACUUGGUUCUUGUGAAUUGAUUCCUUUUCCAUUCAGUCCACGCCUGGCAAGAUUCUGAGCUUUUGUUAACUCAAGUAACUUUAGUUAACUCAAUUAUGCACGCUUAAUUUUCUAUUUAGUUUUGGAAUUAAUUCUUUUGUAAUGAAUUCCUCAACCUACUCAAUUUUUUGGGCUUUUUUGUGAUACUCCAGGCUUGUAUGCAGAGAACGCCAUUGAUGUGGCUCGGCGAGAAAUGGCUUGGGAGGUAGAUUACCUCAGAGAAGCCAAGAAUUCACAGCAGUUUAGGUAGGUCUUAAGGUCACUUAUGUUUAUAAUAGUUUUUAUUUUUUUCUUGACAAAAUAAGUUGCCAAAGUAACACCACAGCCUCUUAAAACACUCUUAAUGUGCAUGUAAUCAGGGCUGGUGAUUCCCAUUUUGUGUCAUCAAGUAAUUAUUAUUUCUCCAAAGUUUGAGAGAAAUCUUAAUUGUGAGUUCAGAACUAACUCAAUUUCUGAUCAUUUAAGGUGGAAGCCCCUUUUACAUUGUUUUUUCAGACAGGCCCCUUCACUCUCACAGUGUAAAUUUACACAGAGAGACCUGUCCAAAUAGGUCAUCUGCAAUGGCGUGCAUCUCACACGGAAGGAAGACCAAUGCUGUAUUUUCUUCAGAAAAUUGAUGGGAAUAAAGAAAAAUACAAAUUAGGGGAUUAGAUGCAUAAAUUGAUCCAAUACCAAAUUCUCCACACUAACAUCAUAAGAACUGUGUGGCAGACAGAAAGGAGAAUUACUACUGAGAUUUUGGGAGUGAGAAAAAUUAAUAGCCACAGCUUGAACGUCCACCCUUUACAUACUGCCUAAGAUUUUUACUUAUUAUGUGAUCUUUCCUCUAAGGGAAUUACUGAAGGAUAUGCCAGAAUUCUAUGUACCAGAGGUUAUUGAAGAUCUCACAUCCAAACAAGUGCUGACUACAGAGCUGAUAGAUGGAACAUCACUGGACAAAAUUGAAAAUGUUGAUCAAGAUACCAUUAAUAAGGUACUGCUAGUAUGUGAACAAAGUUAGCUGUCAUGUUCCUUCAGGCAAGCUUGAAACUUUGGCUUUAAAGGUUGCCGUGCUUUUUUAAGGUAGAAACUUCAAAUUAUCAGACCCAUAAUGGUGUUUAAUGGCUGUGUCUUGACCAGAAAAGAAACAGGGAUGAAUUUCCUUGUAUAUUUAAUGUGAGACAUAUUGGGUAAUUUUGAGAUGAGCAUGAAAAAUGUUCCAGUUAUGGUCGAAAUCAUCCACCUAAUUUUGCUUUAUUUUUGUUUACAGGUGUGCCUGGACAUCCUAAGACUUUGUCUGAAAGAGCUGUUUGAGUUCAGAUUUAUGCAGACAGAUCCUAACUGGUCAAACUUUUUCUACAAUCCUACCACUGGACAGGUUUGCUGAGCAUAAAUAAAUAUCCAACAGAAAGUACAGGAAAUAUGAAAACCCUAGGCUACUUUAAUGUUAUUGUAGAUGAGAGCUUUUUUCAAUCAUGGUGCAACUUGGCUUUUUUCUGCCAGGUUCUUAUUCAAGGUGAUAAUUUGCAGCAAUAUUACUUUUAAAAUGAAACAAAACAAAAUGAAACAAAACACAUUAUGACAAUCCAACCUGUGCAAAGUUAUUCCUAGACAAUCUGUACCUUUAUAUUGCAUUUUAUGAGCUAUGACAUCUUUCCAUUAUGAGUUUACAACUCUAACCAAAUAAAUUUGCUAUUAUUUUUUCAGCUAAUUGAAUGCCAAAUCAGUUGAAUUUGCUACAACGUGACAAAGGGCGAUGUUUUGAUAAACGUUCAUUUACUUCUUUUCAGAUCUGUCUACUUGAUUUUGGUGCCUCUCGGACGUAUGGCAAGACAUUUGUUGAUAAGUAUAUUAAGGUAAGGGUGUGUUUCUUUUUUUUCUUUAUGUGCUAAAAAGGGCAUACCUUGCCCCUGUGUUCCUCUGCUGUUAGACACUGGUGGGGUAGGGUGGGUUGCAGCAAUUAUAACGACCUCCCCCCCUCCUCUUCCUUCAUCAAAAUCAGACAUUUUAAAAUUUUUUGGGUAAGUAGCUCAGAAUCUCAGCAAUAAAUAGAAGAUAAAGAAAAUAAACCAAAUAACAACAUUAAUCUGUGUUUCAGCACAGUGCCAUUUGAAGUAUUGUAUUUGCUCUGUCAUCGCAGAUUAUUUAGGCGGUGAUAUCUCUCCUCAAGGAUGUGGAGGUGCCCAUCGUGGCUUACUUACGGGCAUAUACCCUCACUGACUCGUUCAGAAAUCAUUGAUUCAGAGUACUUUCCUGUACGUUUUCAUUCCCAGAAUUUCUCUCCUCUGCACUGUAUCAAACGAGGUAACUUCCUCCAUCCUCCAAUGAUCUGCAAACCACGUUUCAUGCCAUUUCUAAACACGUCUCUGUAAACUGUGCGUGCCUACCUUUUCUCUCCCAGAUAAUCCGAGGUGCAGCCAUUGGAGACCGAGAUAUGGUGAUUGAAAACUCUAUCGGUCUUGGAUUUCUUACUGGAUACGAGUCGAAGGUGAUUAUUCAAAAUGUUUUUCUUGAUGUCGAGUCCAGGAUCAUUUCGGCUCCCUGUCAAUGGUAUGGUGGACAAGUCGUUUGAAUGCGUGCGAGAUGGGAUCUGUCUUUAAUCCAUUUGACGAAAUUUCUUGUUCUCCUUAUGGUACAGGUGAUGAUCAACGCACACGCAGACGCAGUAAUGAUCCUUGGAGAGCCAUUCUCCAAGAACGAGCCGUUCGACUUUCAGGCCCAGGACACCACCAGUCGCAUCAAGGAACUCAUACCGGUCAUGCUGCGUCAUCGCCUGUCCCCACCCCCAGAGGAAACAUACUCGCUCCAUCGGAAGAUGUCGGGUUCGUUUUUACUGUGUGCCAAACUUGCUGCCUCAAUCAACUGCAAACCGCUUUUUGACGAAGUAUGGGAAAAGUAUAAGUUUGAUUAAAUGGGACUCUACUUACACAUGCGUAUCAUGGUUGUUAGUUAAGUCACCACAUUAAGCAAAAUUUGAGCCACGGUGCUCCUGUUGAAACUCAAUAGUCCAGGUUCAAUAUCUUUGUGCGGGAGCCAAGAGGCCUGGGUUGAGCAUAUGAAGAAGAGUCAUCCUCGUGUUUUCUAAGGAAGAGUGACUGAAAAGCGGCGGUAGUUCGGUUUGUUUCUCUUCUUGUCUUUCCCUUUUCUUCAAACUUUCAGCUAAACAUGUAUUUAAGAAGAUUUUCUCUGGGAAAAAGGCAUUUUUGAAAAGGGAUAGAAAAGUGAUAAAUGUCGUUUUAUAUUCAUUUUUUCCUGGAAGUUUACUUCGUCUGCUAGAUCUAGUCUCCCUGACUCGCGGGCAACCGUUUUGAAAGUGGACCAUUUGAAGACUUAAUAAAAAAUAAAAAGGAAAAUUAUUUUGUUGACGAUGAAAAUACUGUUUUUGAUUAAAGGUAUACUUUCCGACCUGAG